AUGUCUUCUUCCAAGUACAUGUCUGCUGGAAAGAUCUUGGCCCCUUUCUGUAAGGUUGCCUGCAAAAUUGAGAAACGCUCGGCUACCAAACUCACAGCUGUGGAUGCUGCGAUUGCCAAAACUAUUGCAGAUCACAAUGCGAAUGGAACCGAUGCCGCUGUGAGCAGCACGAAGCGAUAUGUACAUGAGCAGAAGCAACUCUUACACUAUCGUGUGGUGCGUUUCUUUGAUGAGUGCCGUUAUCUUGCCUCUGGUGAGUACUUCCGCACCUACAGCAUGACCAACUUUAUUUGGGACAUGCGCUUUUUUACCAAGGUGCUGCUCUUAUUCAUUCUUGGGACGCUGUUUGGUCGUCAGAGUAUCUUCCCGCCUAUCGACCCCGACUCGCCGCUUGUGCUAGCGCUGGAAACAAAGGUUAAUCCUAACUACUAA